AUGGAGGUCGCAAAAGUUGAAGAUACUUUGCAUCCUGUCGGAAAGAAAGGCCUCGAUCUCAGCGCCCUGUCGCUAUCAGAAGGAAAUCCAACGAGACCCGGAUACGGCACCAAAGGUGUCAAGGUAGAGCUCACGGCGAACUAUGUUGAGCUGCUCCCACCUUCCAAUAUGGUGUUGUAUCGUUACGAUGUUGACGUCCAACCAGAAGCCGCUGGAAGGAAACGUCACCGGGUCAUGGAGCUCUUGCUUCAGUCAUCGGAGAUGGCUCCUCUCAAAGGCGACGUCGCGACUGAUUUCCGUCAAACACUUGUCUCCAAGACGAAGUUCAAGCAUGACGAAGACAUCAUUGAGAUUCAGUACCGCAGCGAAGGUGAAGACGAACCAGCAGACAACGGCACGGUCUACAAGAUCAAGGUCAAGUAUAUCCGAACGUACAGCAUCGGUGAGCUGGUCGACUGGAUGAAUUCUACCAACCUCAGCCAGUCCUUGGGCGACAAGCAAGAAUUGACGCAGGCGCUCAAUAUUUUCCUGAACCACUACGUCAAGUCUGCCAAUAACCUAGCCACGAUAGGCUCAUCGAAGAGCUUCUCCCUGAAUCAGAAUGCGACAAGGGGUGAUCUCGGCUCAGGGCUCGAAGUCAUCCGCGGCUUCUUCUCCAGCGUGCGCAUUGCAACUUGCCGCAUCUUGGUCAAUAUCAACGUCAGUCAUGGAGCCUUCUACCACUCUGGUCCUCUUCCGGGCCUCAUGCACAGCUACGGUACACGAAACACCAUUGCUUUGGAAAAGUUUCUCAAGCUGGUCCGCGUCCAAACCACGCAUUUGGCUGAGAAGCGGAACAAAGCCAAGCAGGUCAUUCCUCGCAUCAAGACCAUCUUUGGUCUAGCCAGGAAGGAUGACGGGCAUAAGCUGGCGAACAGGCCACGCAUCAAGGGUCACGGUGCAGGCGCCAAGGAUGUUGAGUUCUGGCUCGAUGCUGACGCAGGCUCAUCCGGCGCACCCAAGGCGGAGGCGGGUGCUGCAAAGGGCAAGGGCAAAGGAAAGCCCCAGCCCAAGGGCCCAGCGCCUGCUGGAUCGGGAAAAUACAUUACUGUAUUCGAUUUCUUCAAGACGACAUACAAUCGUGUCCUCCAGCACCCCGAGCUGCCCGUCGUCAACUGCGGCAACCGAGAAAACCCCAUGUACCUUCCUGCGGAGGUCUGCGUCGUCGUUCCGGGCCAGCCAUCCAAAGCCAAGCUUGAUGGUGGCCAAACACAGACUAUGAUUCAGUACGCCGUACGCAAGCCGUGGGAGAACGCGAGGUCCAUCCUCAAUGAGGGUGUAUCGACCGUCGGUCUGGACGAGGACACCAAUGUUCUGCUGCGCUCUUUUGGUCUUACCAUCACACCGGGUCUGAUUAAAGUACCUGGUCGAGUUCUCACCUGCCCAAGGGUCAUCUACAAAGGUGACAAGACUGCUCCUGUCGACCAGAAAUUUGGCCGUUGGAAUAUGAUGAACAUCAAGUUCAACACUGGCGCGUCCCUACCGAAAUGGUCCACAGUCAUGAUAUCUAUGCCAGGUAAACGCGACUCUUUCGAUGGCCAAGCUCUCGGUGCUGUGAUGCAGGAGUUCUACCAAGGCUUGCUCAAGAUUGGUGUCAACGCCCAGCCACCCCUUCCCCCACAACGUCUUCAACUACAGCAUCCAGACGAUCCCACCCUCGGCCCGUAUCUACAGAGAGCGGCUGGUGCUUUGAACCUCCUAUUCAUUGUGCUACCAGAGGCAAACAUCCCCCUAUACAAGCGCAUCAAGACACUCGCCGAUAGAGACUAUGGCCUUCACACGAUCUGUUCUGUUGGCUCCAAGCUCUGGAAGGAGCGCGGCCGAGAUCAGUACAUUGCGAACAUCGCACUGAAGUUCAAUUUGAAGCUCGGUGGCAUCAACCAGAUCGUCGAAAACAAGAGCCUUGGCAUCAUCGAUCAAAACAAGACGAUGGUGGUCGGUAUCGACGUGACCCACCCUUCUCCAGGCUCGGCUUCUAACGCUCCUUCUGUAUCGGCGAUGGUCGCUUCCAUCGACAAAUAUCUUGGGCAAUGGCCUGCGACGCUGCGCAUUCAGCGCGGAAGGCAGGAAAACGUCGAUGAUCUCUCCGAAAUGUUGAAGUCGCGUCUUAACCUCUGGAAGACCAAGGGCAAGCACCCUGCAUUCCCCGAGAACAUUCUCAUCUACCGCGACGGAGUAUCAGAAGGACAGUACGACAUGGUGCUGUCACAGGAGCUUCCCCAGCUGCGAAAGGCAUGCGAGGCACUGUACCCCGCGCCUGAUACCAAGAAGGGUCUUCCACGCUUCACGGUUGUUAUCUGUGGUAAGCGACACAAGACACGCUUCUACCCAACAUCGGACAAAGACUGCGAUGGUGUUGGGGAAAAGAGCUCUGGCAACACGAAGCCUGGUACCGUCGUCGAUCGGGGCGUGACAGAGGCCCGCAACUGGGACUUCUUCCUUCAAGCACACGCCGCCCUCCAAGGAACAGCGCGUCCUUGCCAUUACUAUAUCGUUCACGACGAGAUCUUCCGCCAGAUCUACGCGAAAGUGGUCCCGCCACAGUUUGGCAACAUUGCUGAUAUCGUGGAAGACCUCACCCACAACAUGUGUUAUCUGUUCGGUCGUGCGACGAAGGCUGUCAGUCUGUGCCCGCCAGCAUACUACGCCGAUCUGGCCUGUGAGCGGGCUCGUUGCUACUUGGCGAACCUAUUCGACACACCGACGCCGAGCGCCGGGAAUUCCGUUGCUGACUCUUCGGCCGCUGGGGGUGGGGCGCUGGACCCGAGCGCGUCGGAUGUACAGAUCCAUCCCAAGCUCAAGGACACCAUGUUCUACAUCUAG